CCAUGCCAUGACGUGCAAGACGGGAGGCUUCGUUUGCAUGCGCCACGACGAGGUGAGGGACGUGACUGCACAAAUGCUUGGCGAGGUGUGCCGCGACGUGAGGAUCGAACCUCCCCUCAUCCCCACAGAAGGGCGCAACUUCUCACUCCAAUCCGCCAACACUGCAGACGACGCCAGAUUAGACAUCAGUGCCAACAGUUUCUGGAUACGAGGGCAACGGGCCUUCUUCGACAUACGAAUCUUCAACCCUAUGGCUACGAGCAACCGAUCCCAGGAACUCCUCGCUGCUCAUACUAAGCAUGAGAACAACAAAAUGAGGGAGUAUGGCGAACGCGUCCGAGAAGUCGAGCAAGAGAAAAGGCAGCAACAGAAGAGCGCCGUCGUUGCAUGGAUGAGGUGUCGAUUGGCCUUCUCACUACUACGGUCUUCACUGCUCUGUCUACGAGGAACAAGGAACAAACCGGCAAUGUACACUAGUCUCAAGGAUUUAGAUAUAGAGGAAACUGUUGUAAAUAGUAGAAUAGAGAGAAAUAUAUAAUUGUAA